AGCGAAGCGAAGGAGGGAGCGGCGGAGCGCGGGCCGUCAGAGCCCUGUGCCCGCGCGGAGGUGAUGAAGCUGGCCGCGCGCUGACACCGCCGCACCCAGCCGCCGGGAAGAAGGCGCCUCGGGCCGCGACCUUCAGGAGAAGGGAGGAGUGAUAAUUCUUGUAUCUAAGAGUGGACCACGUGUGUGGUGACAUGGCCCAGGGGAAUAAUUAUGGGCAGACCAGCAAUGGGGUGGCAGAUGAAUCACCCAACAUGCUGGUGUACAGAAAGGAGACGUUCAUCCAGGUGCAAGCACUGCAGCAAAGGGUCCCAGGUCCCAGCCUGUCUCAACACUGCCUCACAAUCAGGAUGGAAGACGUCAUAGCACGCAUGCAAGAUGAAAAAAAUGGAAUUCCUAUUCGUACCGUCAAAAGCUUUCUUUCCAAGAUACCUAGUGUCUUCUCUGGGUCAGACAUUGUUCAAUGGUUAAUAAAGAACUUAACCAUAGAAGAUCCAGUUGAGGCACUCCAUUUGGGAACACUAAUGGCUGCCCAUGGCUACUUCUUUCCAAUCUCGGAUCAUGUCCUCACACUCAAGGAUGAUGGCACCUUUUACCGGUUCCAAACACCCUAUUUUUGGCCAUCAAAUUGUUGGGAGCCAGAAAACACAGACUAUGCGGUUUACCUCUGCAAAAGAACAAUGCAAAACAAAGCAAGGCUGGAACUAGCUGACUAUGAAGCUGAGAGCUUGGCCAGGCUGCAGAGGGCAUUUGCUCGGAAGUGGGAGUUCAUUUUUAUGCAAGCAGAAGCACAAGCAAAAGUGGACAAGAAGAGAGACAAGAUUGAAAGAAAGAUCCUUGAUAGUCAGGAGAGAGCAUUCUGGGACGUACACAGACCCGUGCCUGGAUGCGUAAAUACCACUGAAGUGGACAUUAAGAAGUCAUCCAGAAUGAGAAAUCCACACAAAACACGAAAGUCUGUCUAUGGUCUUCAAAAUGAUAUUAGAAGUCACAGUCCUACCCACACACCCACACCAGAAACUAAACCUCCAACAGAAGAUGAGUUACAACAACAGAUAAAGUAUUGGCAAAUACAGUUAGAUAGACAUCGGUUAAAAAUGUCAAAAGUUGCUGAUAGUCUGCUAAGUUACACGGAACAGUAUGUAGAAUAUGACCCAUUUCUUGUGCCACCUGACCCUUCUAACCCAUGGUUGUCUGAUGACACUACCUUCUGGGAACUUGAAGCAAGCAAAGAACCAAGCCAGCAGAGGGUAAAACGAUGGGGUUUUGGCAUGGAUGAAGCAUUGAAAGAUCCAGUUGGGAGAGAACAGUUCCUUAAAUUUCUAGAGUCAGAAUUCAGCUCAGAAAACUUAAGAUUCUGGCUAGCAGUGGAGGACUUGAAGAAAAGGCCUAUUAGAGAAGUCCCCUCUCGAGUUCAGGAAAUAUGGCAAGAAUUUCUGGCUCCAGGAGCCCCCAGUGCUAUUAACUUGGAUUCUAAGAGCUAUGACAAAACCACACAGAAUGUGAAGGAGCCCGGGCGAUACACAUUCGAAGAUGCUCAGGAGCACAUUUACAAACUGAUGAAAAGUGAUUCAUACCCACGUUUUAUAAGAUCCAGUGCCUAUCAAGAGCUUCUACAGGCAAAGAAAAAGGGCAGAAACAUCCCUAUUUUCCCAUGCCAUAAAAACUGUACACCAACACUGAGGGCCAGCACUAACCUGUUAUGAAAAGAGGGGAAAUCUCUCACGUCAAAGAGGUUAACAAGCCUCGUUCAGUCUUAUUAAAAGGAUCAUCUUGUAGCAUGAAAGUGAACUGGAGUCAUUGCAUAUACUUUGUAGUUCUUUGUUGUUACCUGCAGCAGAGGACAUUAGACCAAGAUGUUGCAUGAGCAAAGGACCUGAAUUGUUCUUUCUUUGUGUACAUUAAGGCACUGCCAUCUCCAAGGGACUCUACCAUCUCAAUGCCUCCAUUUCAAAAUGUCUGCUAACUUCCUCCUUGUACUAAGCUGGAUCUGUGUCUUUUCCUUUUUUAACGAUUCAAGUGAAGUAAAUCUCCCCCCCCCCUUCUCUCUAUCUUAAAGCUUCUUCUAGACACACAGUUCACUAAAAAUUCAGUCACAAACUGGAAGAAUUGUAAAAGGAAAAAAAGCAUAUAUCAAUAAGUAUACAUACAGCUUCACAUUUAUUAAAUAAAUUAGCACAGAAAGUUUCAUUUCACCAAUAUAUCACAGUCAGAAACAAGCUUAUGUCUUUGUCUGUUGUCUGUAUAUUCUUGGUUAAUGUUUCUCGCAUUUAUUUUUAUACCAUAUUUAAAUGAAACACCUUUUACUCGAAAUGUAUUAAAGUUGAUCCCUUCUCUGUAAAUUUGUGAAUGUUUAUAUUGUUGUUUUAUCUUUCAUUAAAAGAUGCAUAAUCUCGUUGCUUUUGUAA